AUGUCCGCGCCGCAAUCUGCGGCCCUCCAGGCCGCCAGUCUCUUCCGCGUCGAUGGCCUGGUAGCCGUGAUUACCGGCGGCGGCACCGGCAUUGGGCUCACAAUGGCCCGCGCGCUCGCCGCCAACGGCGCCCGCCUCGUGUUUAUCCUCGGCCGCCGCAAGGACGUCCUGGACGCCGCCGCGGCGGCUGCCAAUGCCGACGAGAAGCGCGACGUCCUGGUGCCGGUCGCCUGCGACGUCGGCGACAAGGCGUCCCUGCAGGCCUCGGUCGACGCCGUCACGGCCCACCUCGCCUCGCUGGGGCUGGCGGACGUCGGCGUCCACCUCGUCGUCGCCAAUGCCGGCAUCCUCGGCCCCGCCACGCAGCGCUACGACCCGGCCGGCCUGGCGACGGCGGCGGAGCUCCGCCAGCGCAUGUUUGCCGACGCCGACAUGGCCGCCAUGACGCAGACGUUCCACGUCAACGUGACGGGCGCCUUCUUCACGGCCAUGGCGUACCUCGCGCUGCUCGACCAGGGCAACCGCUCCGUGCAGGCGGCGGACGGGGCGCGCCGCACGCAGAGCCAGGUCGUCGUGACGUCGAGCAUCGGCGCCUUUUUGCGCGGCCCGCAGUCGGCGCCGUCGUACCUCGGCAGCAAGGCGGCCAUCCUGCAGCUCACCAAGCAGAUGGCGGCGAUGCUGUCGCCGUACCGGAUCCGGGCCAACGCGCUGGCGCCGGGGCUGUUCCCGACCGAGCUGGCGGCGGUGCUGACGGGCGGCCGCACGCCCGAGACCGAGGGCUACGACCACCCGGCGUUCAUCCCGGCGCGGCGCUUCGGCACGGACACGGACAUGGCGGGGACGAUCUUGUACCUGGCCAGUCCGGCCGGCGGGUUCUGCAACGGGCUGACGCUGGUGUUUGACGGCGGGCGGCUGUCGGUAGCGACGGGCAACUACUAG